UAUCACCAAUCAAAUUUUUGCCGCGAUAAAUUUGGUUCAGUGUAUCGAGAGAACUCUAGAUUGUACCAUUUGGCACUGGACCAUCUGUCGAAAGAUAUUUUUAUAUUCCAUAAGUCUAUAAAAUCACGCGUUCUCAGUCUGGUCAGUUAUUCUGUUCUACGCAAUAAACUGAUAAACAAUUAAUAAAUAAACUGGAAGCAAGAUUUCAAUCAUGUCACAAGCAACAACAGGCUCUUCUCCUGAAGGAUUAAAAUCAACUUCUACUUACAGUAUUCUUCACAAUGACCAGGUUGGAAGAUAUGUGGUGGCAAAUAAAGACUUGGAGCCAGGGGAAGAAAUUUUAACUGAACUACCAUUUGUAGUAGGACCUAAAGCAUCAACAUAUCCUCUUUGUUUAUCUUGCUAUACACCUUGGCCACCGACUCCAGAUACUCAACCUCUAUGUUCAGCAUGUGGAUGGCCAGUUUGUAAUGAAGAGUGUGCCAAUGCUCCUCAGCACAAAGAUUAUGAGUGUCCAGUUUUUGCUGCUGCAAAAGAAAAAUUCAAUGUCAGUGCAGCAAUGGAUGAAGCUAAUGCUACUGAAUGUCCACAAUUGGAAUGUAUAACUCCUCUGAGAUUACUUCUUGCAUCUGAAAAAUUUCCAGAACGAUGGGAGAAAGAAGUUAAAAUCAUGGAAGCUCACAAUGCUAAGAGAUGUGUUAAAAAACAGUGGAAGAUUGAUCACGUAAAUAUUGUUGGGUUCUUGAGAGAUCGUUUGAAACUUGACAGAUUCUCAGAGGAAAUGAUUCAGACAGCUUGUGGAAUAUUGGAAAUUAAUUCUCAUGAGGUUCGAGCUGCUUCAGGAUAUGCUGCAAGAGCUUUGUAUCCAACAGUAGCUCUCAUGAGCCAUUCCUGUGUCUCCAAUACGAGUCAUAGUAUUUUUCCAGCUGAUUAUAAAGUAGUUUUAAGAACAACUGUGAGAGUACCCAAAGGUCAAGAGCUUUAUGGAAGCUAUACACACUCCCUACUACCAACAUUGAUGAGAAGAGAACAUCUCUUGGAGGGAAAACAUUUUUCAUGCGCCUGUCAAAGGUGUUCUGAUCCUACAGAGUUGGGGACUCAUAUGUCAUCUCUUAAAUGCAAUAAAUGUGACAACGGUGUCGUUGUUCCUCUUGAUUCUUUAGAUGCUGACAGUACGUGGAAGUGUACACACUGUGAAUUUUCAACAGCUGGAGCAUCAGUAAAGAAAGUCUUCAACAUCAUCAAUGCUGAAGUUGAAGCAGUGGAGGCUAUCAGUGCUAUGGAAGGUCCUGAAGCUAUUCAAAGUCGAGAAACUGUUAUGAAAAAAUAUCACUCUGUUCUUCAUCCUCGCCAUGCUUUUCUUACUAUGUUGAGAAUGUCAUUAUCUCAACUUUAUGGUCGAGUUGAAGAAUACAACCUGGAUGAUUUACCAGACAUUGUUUUGGAGCACAAAGUUGAUAUUUGUCGACUCCUCCUACAAGUUUUAGAUGUCAUUGAACCUGGAUACUCUCGAGCAAGAGGAAUGACUCUUUACGAGCUUCAUGCACCACUUCUUUUCAUUGCCAAAACUCAAUGGAAUGCAGGAGUAAUUGAUGAUGCAGCGUUGAAAUCAAAGAUGACAGAAGCUGCAAGUAUACUAAGGGAAGCUGCAUCAAUUUUAAGUCUCGAACCACCGGAAACCAGUGAAGGACAACUUGGAUUAAUAGCCAAAGAAUCUUUAAAACAAUUAGAAGAAUCGAUAAACAAUCUUUAAAGUAAUUUUUUUUUUGAUAUUAAAAUAUUAGCAAUAAUAUUUCUUAUAUAAUUAUUUAUAUGUAUAUUCUAUCUUAU